AUGUUAAUUUCAUCAAUAUUGGGCUGGAGUUCCUUAUUUUUAAUCACAAACUAUUCUAUCUACAAAUACUAUUUUACAAAACCAAUUAAGGCAUUAACUUUAGCUUAAAUUAUUAAAAGAGAUCUAUGGAGGUGGAGAUUUUUCAAAUUGAAUUCUUCCCUAAAUUGUUCACCAUAUUAAAUAGAAUUAAAGUUUGGACUUAAUCAUAAACCAAUAAGUGGAAAAUAUGUAUAAGAAACGAAUGAAAAAUUGGGAGAAACCCAUACAAUAUUUAUCAAAAAUAAAAACAACUAUAACCAUUUGACAGAAAUGAACAUUAAACAAAUUAUUGAUUUUCAAAUUGGAAUUAGUUAAUUGUUUUAUUAUAAUUUUUAAUCUGAUUACUUUUUAUUAUCAAUUGAUCAUAAACUUGAUAAUGAAAACAAUACUUAUAAUAUACUAAUUUAAAGCAAAAAAUUUUUAAGAAUUCAAUAAGAAAGUAAUAUAUAAGAAUUAGCUAAAUAAUAUGUUUAUUUCAUUUUAAAAUAAGAUGAUAAAAUAAGGAUAUGUCAAAAUUUUGGAAAUAAUACCAUGGAUAUAGAUUUUAUUGAUAAAAUCAUAUAGCAUACAAUUUAGAAUGAAAAAAUAAUUGAAUACAUAGAUUUAAAUGAAAGAUGGUUUAAUUAAAAUUCCUAAUGUAUUUAAAUAUUAUAUUCAAAGAUUGUAAAUGUGUUCUGAAAUUAGAUGAGAAAUACAAUUUAAUUAACAUAUAUAAAAUAAAUAAUUUUGAAAUAAAAGAAAAUCAAAAACUAUAUGAUAAAAUAAUUGAUAAUUUAAAGAAUAAAACAAUUUUAUAUUUAAACUGA